GGGCAGGGCGGGCUCCGCCGCCGGCUCCCGGGGCGCCGCUCCGCAGCGGAGGCGGCAGGGAAGCGGCACAAGUGCGCGGCGCCUCCGCUGCAUCUCUGCUUCUGAUGCCCCUUCGCGACUGCACGCCAGCCCGGCGGCCGCGGCUCCGGGAGGAUGCGGCUCUUCCUCCUCGCUGCAACUUUCUGGGGAUUGUGCCUGGCGCCAGGUUUGGGUUUGCAAAUACAGUGUUACCAGUGUGAGGAGUUCCAGCUAAAUAAUGACUGCUCUUCUCCAGAGUUCAUCGUGAAUUGUACAGUGAAUGUUCAAGAUAUGUGUCAGAAAGAAGUAAUGGAAAAAAGUUUUGGAAUCAUGUACCGCAAGUCCUGUGCCUCCUCGGCAGCGUGUCUGAUCGCCUCUGCUGGCUACCAGUCCUUCUGCUCUCCUGGCAAGGUGAACUCUGUCUGCAUCAGCUGCUGCAACACCCCGCUCUGCAAUGGACCCCGGCCCAAGAAGAGGGGGAAUUCUGCCGUGGUGCCGAGGGCACACGUAAUAACCACUCUUCUGCUUCUUAAAUUUGCUUUGUUGUUUUUGUACUGCUAAUCUUCAAGCAAGUUGUUUUGGUUUUUUUCUGCCCUGACACAAUUUUUCCUUCAUCCUCCUUUCUUCAAAGAUGCUGCAAUUAUUUUCUGUUUGUUUCCAAAUCCCUGUCAACAGCGAGGAAAGUUCAGUGGUUGUGUGGAGAAGAGGGGCUGAAAUUUUUGUCAGCUAAUGAGUUCAGUUAGCAGAUUGAGUUUCCAGUGUGCACUUAAAAAUCCCAGCAGGAUACAGAACUCCUGUUCCUUCUGCAUAACUGGAAACAAAUCCAUCCGUGUUACUCCUUUUGUGAUGCAGUCACUUUCCUCGAUCAUUUCAGUUUCCAUGUUUUUAAGCUCAUUGCUAAGCAUUAACUUUGCCUUAUGAAGUCAUGCUUGAUGUUCACAAAGGCCGUUCUGUGCGCCCGGACGGGGCUCUAAGCCAGGCUCCAGGGGCACCGCUUCCAGGCUGGGAUCUGCUGGUGCAGGACCCGGCUCCUGUGGGCUGCAGCCAGGCGUGGGCUCCUUCUGGAAGGUGCUCAGGAAAACUUUGGUGUUGCCCUUGGUGGAAGAACCGCGCCUGGAGGACAUGAUGAGCAGCGGGCGCAGGGAGCGGGUGCUCCGUGCCCCGGAGCUCUGGUUGGCCCUGAGGAACCUCUCCCUGUUGGCAUGCUGCAGGGUGAGGCGGCAGCACAGCACCUGCAGGAACACGCUGCGGAACUGCUGAGAGGAGAUGUUGUACAGCAGCGGGUUCACCACCGAGCUGAGGUAGAAGAAGAUGUCGGCGAUGGGAAGGAGGGUGAUGUAGGCUUUGAAGUAGGGGAUGGUCCAGUCCUGCUUUGGUUUAGCAGCUGACAUGAUCCUUCUGACCUGGUUUGGCAUCCAGCAAAUCGCCAGAGUGGCAAUGAUCAGUCCUGCGGGCAGAGAGAGCAAGAAAGGUCUGCAUACGUGGGGGAAGACACAUAAAAUGCUAUCAGUUCUGCACUUCUUAGGAAAUGGUACCAAUUUUUCAGUGUUUUGCUUGACAGCUUUUUCUGCCAGUAGCAUUUUUUGUUUGUUGUUUUUAAUAACUGUUACAAGGUCACUGCGGCACAUGCUCAGACAAAACACUGCAUAGCGCUUGGAUGGUGUUUCUUUGUACCUGUUGUCAUUUAUUAGUUUUCAAAGUGUUCUUUCUCUGAUCAUCUGUGUCUUUGGAAAGAAUGCAUUUUUAUUUUGGGUUGUGCUCUUACAUUUCUUCUGUCUUUCCCUUUACUUUGAAAAACAAACAAAAUAAAUAGAACCUUAUAGCCAUAUUAGAUCAGGCAAUACCCAGAAGAGAUCAGAUUCUUGUUUGUACUUUACAAAAAAGAAAAUGUAUGCAUAAUAAUAUAUUUCGUGUUAUUUUUGGUAGAUUUCCUCUUACAGAAGCUAUUUUUAAGUAAAAUGUGUAUGGAUCUUUUUAUGGUAAUUAAGAGAUGUUGGGCUUUCUUAAAAAUCAAAUUCCAGUGGAAUUAAAUGAUGAAUGUAAAUGAGAAAAAACCCAAGCCUAGUCAUGAAAGUGUAAGCAGUUUCAGAUUGUAAAUUAUGCUUUAAAAUGUGGUAUCUGACCAUUUUGUAUUUAUAUGUAAAUAUAAAUACAUGUUGCUGCAUCACUAAUGGCAUUAAAAAGGGGUGGCUGAA